GAGAUUCAGUCGUAUUGCCAGGCUUCCAUCUGUCGCGCUGCUGACGCCCGGUCGGCCAAGCGUAUUGCAUCCGCGUGCCGACGAGGAAGAGCCGAUUUCCUCCCUGGGCGAAUUUUUCUAUCGCGGCGUGGCACGGUGAAAAAAGGAAAUCGAGAUGCACGGUGAAAUGGGUAUGUCCGUAUGAGAGGGGCUCUCGCUACAUCUCGCUGGGGUAGGCCCGUGUUGCAGGGUCAAUAUACAGAAGCGGACCACGAAGAGGAUGGGGGUGUACGUAACAGGCAUAAUCGGCGUGAUUGUGUUUUAUAUCGCGGUGCUAGGUGUCGGCAUAUGGGCCGCCGCGUUCAAGAGAAAAAAAGCCGCGCAAGGUCAGGAUGAUAUGAUGUUGGCGAAUCGUCGUCUUGGCCCUCUGCUCGGUGUUUUCACUCUCAUUGCGACAUGGGUUGGAGGAGCUUUUGUCAACGGGACUGCCGAGGCCAUGUUUACGAAAGGUCUGGCCUGGUGUCAAGUUCCUAUUGGAUACAGUCUCAGUUUGAUUUUUGGUGCUAUACUCUUUGUGCGUCCGAUGAGGAAGGCCGAGUACGUGACGAUGCUAGAUCCCUUUCAAGAACGAUAUGGUGCAGGUGUCGGUGGCUUGCUCUUCCUUCCGGCGCUCUGCGGCGAUUUAUUCUGGUGCGGCGCCGUCCUGAGAGCACUGGGGAGCUCGUUGGCCGUCGUCGCCGGCAUCGACCCAAAUAUCAGCGUUUGUGCAUCAGCACUCUUAGCGGCCGUAUAUACAGUUUUCGGCGGGUUGUAUUCCGUGGCAUGCACAGACGCGCUGCAACUGCUGUGCAUUCUGCUGGGUUUAGUUAUAGCGACACCCUUCGCCAUAUUACAUCCUGCGGUAUCAUUCGAAAACAAUCUGACUCUGCGAGACUGGUUGGGGCACAUAAAGAGCGAGGAUUUAGGCGAAUGGGUGGACGGAAUGUUGCUGUUAAUAUUCGGCGGUAUACCUUGGCAGGGUUAUUUUCAACGAAUCCUAAGUAUUAAGAGCACUUCCGUUGCCACGACUCUAUCAAUAGCCUCGAUGUGCGGUUGCCUGAUACUCGCGGUGCCAUCAGCCAUAAUCGGGGUAGUUGCUCGUGCCACCGACUGGUCCGCAGUUCCAGGAUACAACAGGACGUUCUCCACGGACGAUGGAAACGCCGCGAUGCCGAUGGUUCUACGAUAUCUCACGCCUCAAUGGAUAUCCUUCGUUGGUCUCGGCGCGAUCUCGGCGGCAGUGAUGUCUUCAGCAGAUUCCAGUAUACUCGCCAGUAGUUCCAUGUUCACCAGAAAUGUCUAUAAACUCACUAUACGACCGAAAGCUUCCGAGCGUGAGCUGAACUGGGUCCUGAGAAUUUCCGUAAUCGCGGUCUCUGUGCUGUCCACUCUCGUCGCUCUCAUGGUCAGCAGUGUUUAUUAUCUCUCGUAUUUGUGCUCCGAUCUCGUUUACGUCGUCUUGUUCCCGCAAUUAUUAGCCGUUAUUCAUUGGCCUUCUCUAGUGGAUACUUACGGCUGUCUGGCAGGAUAUUUUAUCGCUAUUGUUUUGCGUCUCGCUGGCGGUGAAAAAGGACUCAGCAUAUAUCCGCUGAUCGAAUAUCCAUUCUACGAUACAAGGACGCGUACCCAGAAAUUUCCCUUUCGCACCGCUGUCAUGAUAAUUGCUCUCUUCACUCAACUCUUCACCAGCUUUCUCACAAGAAACCUACUCGGCAAGGGUUAUUUUCCGGAAUGUUGCGACGUGUUGAACAUUUAUUCGCCCGGGAAAUCCAAGGAAACAUCGGGCGUCGUGCAAAGCAGCUCUGGCGCCGCCCUCAUGGAUUCAUCUUCGAAAUCAACGUCGGGUAUGGACUCGUGCGAUAGCACGGGCGUUUACGACGAUGACAGAACUACGUGUCAUCACGUGGAGGGCGCGAUGACCGAUUGUGUCGAUGGCAACACGGCGAUCGGUCGCGGUGAUCACGUCGAGUCGUCGAGGACGAAGAGUGUUGGCAUCUCGGUCGUGCAGAGAGCGAACCACAAUCUACAGAAUCUGCAGAAUUUACGAAAUUGCAUGACACCGGCACGCAUACCCGGUACGGCGAGUCAAUACGCGACCGUUCAGAGUGAUGUGUACCGAGGUCAGAUCCUCGGGGUGAGAAACUUACGGCCAGGUCCCGUCGGCCAGGUUCUCUCGCCCACUCGGUCGAUCGGCAUUCCAGCGACACCGAGCAUCGCUCCGUGCGCUCCAUCCUAUGCCAAGGUAGGCUGCGAGCUCGGGCCGAGCAGCGAGAAGCCGCGAGACAACAAUGACAGAGUCAACAUCGUUGAUAAAAACAACGUGGAGUAUAAUCUUAACGCUCAGGAAAAUGUGCCUGCGAGUGUGGGUCCGAAAAAAAGUGUUAAGGGCGUAAAAUUAGUCGGUAUGGAAGGCGGCACAUUAAGAAGACCGUCGCUGCAGGGCACAUUCUCGCCGACACCGUCCGUGGAAUUAGUCAACAUUCUGGAUAGGAGACAAAGCAGCGGUUCAUAUGGUCCAGGUUCUCUGUCCCCCGUACCAUCGAUGGGGGUAGAAGCGUGCAAAACCCACGGAACCGCGACCGAGGGGCAGGGCGGGAACGAGCAUUGCAAGAUAAAAAGAGGCAUCGUGCGGCAUCACAGUUUCAAUGACACAGGCGACCGAACGCUGACAACGCUUGCCAGACAGCCCAAUUAUCCGUCGAUGCCAUUGAGACCGGAAGAUUGUCGUAUGUCGUUGGCGAAAAAGGACAAGAGACUCUCUACGAUCGGCAGACAUUCAUCGGUAACGAAUGAUACCGAACUCAGCAACACGAAUAGUAUGAUCGUCUGCAGUCCUACUUACAGCAUGUACAAUUCAGCCGCUAAGAAUUCCAACUAUUUUGUCACCGAUGACGAAGCUGUCAGCAGGUUCUAAGGCGGAAACGUAACGUAGGAUUUUUCAUCCCAAGAGCGAAAUUUUCAAACUAAAUCUAAAAUACAAAAAUUGAAACUAACACGCUUGGUUGAUGCAAAAAUGUUGUCUUUCUGUCAAACUUUUUCUAUGGUUUAGUCAAAUAUAAUAAUGUUAGGAAUAAGAAUUUUUUUUUCAUUCAC